AUGAGAUUAGUUGUUUGCAUUUUACUCCUUUGUUCAACAGUUAUUGCUAUUCCAAAAAAGUAAAUAUAACUUAGAACAAAAUCCAAUUAACCAAUUAAUGCAUAAGAAAUUAAAUUAAGUGAUGUAGAUUUAGCCCUUUAUCAAACUGAUGUUCAAUAGGAUGGGCAGAAAAACCAUCUGAAAUCAGAAAUAACAAAUUGGGCUGCAGCUAAAAGCACUCUAAUUGAGCAACUCUCAUCCUUUUAUAAUUACUUCGAAAUAUUUUUGUCAAAAUAACAAUAGAUUGGAAUUUUUUUGGUGUGCUUUAUUUGUUUUGCCUUUUACUUGAUGGUUAAGUCUGAAGAUAGAAACAUUAAGAAUAGGAAGCAAAACCCAAAGAGGAUGGUGCAAAAAUAUUAGGAACAGAAUGUAGUAAUAUUAACAGAUUCAAUCAUCGGGAAAGAGCAAUCCCCUCUCCCAUUGGUGUCGACUAUCAUAGGAUCCAUAAUUUAUGAAGAACGAGUGAAUAAGUCAGCUGAUGAUUUGAAAAAGCAGGAGUCAUCCCAUCCUUUAAAGAGAUCGAAUUCAUAGCCAUUUAUUAAACCACAGCAUCCAGAUUAUUCUGCUGAAGAAAUACACAAUUUAUUGAAGGAUAUCAAUUGA